AUGUCUUUCAGCUUCAAUUUUCAGUCAUUGCAGAAAUCUCUCGAGAAAACCACAAAGAGCUUGACCAGCACUUUGCAGGAAAACCUAGGAAAUUUGCCUAGUGCAAAUGAGGUCACCAGCUCUUUUCAAUCCAACAUGAACCAUAUUGGCAAGGAGGUUUCCAACCUUAAGCCAAUUUUAAAGAGAACACAGAGAUCGUUGCAGGAGAAGUUUGGCUCCAUUAGCGAUAUUAGUGAACUUCCUCAGGAGUAUAAAGACUUGGAAAAGCAGGUCGAUGAUUUGCAGGGCUUCUACAAGAAGAUGAUUAAGGCUACCCAACAAUAUGAAAUUGAGAGUUACGACUAUCCCCCAAAUGUUAGAGAGUCUCUCAAUGAUUAUACGAAGAUCAUUAACGAGAAGUUUACCGGGUUAUCUCAAGCUACUACCACCAGCGAGGCAGAAGCAGUGUUACUGGCACCAAGGAAGGAGCAAUAUCCCAAGACUUUUGCUCACCAAUUCUCCAAGGUAUUGAAGAGUUCGAGAGAAGCAUUUUUGAGCAAGAAGACAACCGGUAAUGAUGCGGAAGAAACAGACCCAACAGAGUCAGAAUCAGCACUAUCCAAGGCAUUGCUACUUAUCAGUAACAGCCAGUACAAACUUGGAGAUGAAAGAUUGGAGGAAGAUAAAUUGAUUAUAAGCGAGUUCAACAACAAGAUCACAAACAUCUUGAGGGUGGAUUUCGUCAAAGCUGAUAAGCUAAGACGGAAAGUGGAGACUGCCAGGUUGAACUUUGAUACUGUGAGAUCAGAGAUCAAGGAGUUGCAGAAGGGUGAUGAAACCGUUGAAGUUCCAGAAACCCAGAGUAAAAAACUUGAGAACUGCGAAGAUGAAUUGGUUAACGCUACCGAAUUAGCUGUUGAAGCUAUGAAAGAACUAAUCAAACCGGGAGAACCUCUCAACUUGUUAACCAUUUUCUCCAAAAUUCAGUUGAACUAUCACAAGAAUGUUACCGAGGAACUUUCUAGCUUGGUCGACAGUCUCACCACUCUUCCAGCCGAUACAAAGGAUGGAGAAGAAGAAUGA